AUGCCCGCUGAUCAUAACGAUAAAAAUAACAAUCAAGAGUCCGUGGAAGAGGCUGUUUUGAAAUAUGUUGGCGUAGGCCUAGAUCACCAAAACCACGAUUCUCAAUUGCAUCCUAAACACCUGGACGACAAGCACUCUCAAAAGCAAAAUAGUGUCGAUGGCAGUAGUGAUGUCGAGGCUAGUAACAAUAAUGACGGUAAUAGAAAUGACGAUAAUAACGAUGAUUCAGAAAAUAUCAACGCAUUAAACGCGAAUGAAUCAUCGUCGAAUGCGGACAACGUCAGCUCUAAUGAGCAGCACAAUGCUGUCAUGGACUGGUAUUUGAGACAAACUGCUCACCACCAGCAAGAUGAAGACGAGGACGAGGACAAUAAUAACAAUAGUAACAAUAAUAAUAAUAAUAAUAAUAACAACAUUAAUAACGGCAACGACAGUAAUAGUCACUUUUCUCAGGCUGACAUGGUCGUGGAUGACGACGAAGACGACGACGGUGACAAGAAUAAGAAGGGCACGACGGUUAACGUGGACGAUCAUCAUCAAUCGAUGGCCAUGGCAGCCGUCGCAGCCGCUUAUACACUAUCAAAAAACAACAACAACAACAACAAUUCCAACAAAAGGCAACAUGACAAUGUAAAUAGCCAUGAAAACUCUAAGAAAAAGCAAAAAAACGAUGACGAUGAUGACGAUAAGCAAAUUGGCAAUGUUGAUCCGGAAUUGACCACUUUGGGCGAUGCGGAUGACAAUGACGCUAACAACGAUGUCAUUGACCGUGAUCAACUGGUUCAUAAGGCCAUUAUCGAUGCCGACUCGAUUACGCAACAUCCUGAUUUCCAGCAGUACUUAAACACUGCUGCUGAUACUGACGAUAACGAAAAAUUAAAGCAUAUAAAAGAUCAUCUGAUGCGUACUCACAAUAUGAAUCACCGUAACAAAAACGACAACGAUGAUGCAGACGAUUUGUCAAACAAUACAAAGCAAUACUCGGAGCUACAAAAGGAUUCCAUGUUGGAUAACUCUAUCAAUAAAUCUAGAAAUUACAUGGAAGUCCUACCAAAAGUUAUCUCCCAGGAUACUCAACAGCACCAACAAAAAUUACCUUCUCAUGACAGUGAAUCUGGCAACGUAGACAAUUCAGAAAUAUCUCAACUGCUUCAAUCCGCAGCCACAAAGGCUUCGUCUUUGGUUUCUUUAUCUUCAUCUUCUGCUACACCAUCAACUUCAAGAUCAAACAAUAGUAAAGCUUUCGAUAAAGCCGAAGACGCUGCCUUAGAAAGGUUUAUAAACGAAUACGAAGCCAUCGAACGUUUAACUAGACAACAAGUUUGCGAAAGAAUAUGGAGCUCUGACAGGCCAAAGGACAAUUUUUGGAACAAUAUCUAUAAAGUUUUACCUUAUAGAUCAAGCUCCUCCAUCUAUAAACACAUGAGAAGAAAAUACCACAUUUUUGAACAACGUGGUAAAUGGACUUCGGAAGAGGAACAAGAAUUGGCUAAAUUAUGUGCUGAGAAGGAGGGACAAUGGGCUGAAAUAGGUAAAACUUUGGGUAGAAUGCCAGAAGAUUGUAGGGAUCGCUGGAGAAAUUAUGUUAAGUGCGGUACCAACAGAGCAUCGAACAGGUGGUCCGUUGAAGAAGAAGAACUACUGAAAAAAGUUAUCAGUGACAUGCUGGAAGAAGCCCAACAACAACAAUCACACUUACAUCCCAAUCUGUUAGAGGAAGAAGAACAGCUGCUACAGGACGACCAGAAUGAUCAUCGUGACGAAGAUGACGAUGAUGAUGAUACCUCUUCUGCGGCUGCUGCCGCCGCCGCCGCCGCCGCUAUUCAAGAACAACAACAGCUACUUCAACAAAAACAACAAGAUGACGAUGACGCUAUUGCUGCCGCUGCCGCUGCUGCCGCCGCUUCCUCGUCUUUGGAAGAAAACGGUAAAGACGAAGAUAAGCCACAUGAUUCACUAGGCAUUCAACUGGAUGAGAACACUCAAAACUCGAUAAUAUGUGCUCCAUCCGGAACAAACUCACAUUCUAAGAGUUUAACGAAUACAAUCAGACGUCAUAACAACAAACUAAGAAAAUCUCUAAUGGGUAACGGCAAACUAGAUUUUAAAGAUAUCAUCAAUUGGACCAUUGUCAGUGAGCGCAUGGGCGGUACAAGGUCGCGUAUCCAAUGCCGUUAUAAAUGGAAUAAACUGGUUAAAAGAGAAGCCAUCGCCAAAAUUCAAACUGUCAAGGAUGACGAUAUGUUAUGGAUUUUUGAGAAGUUAAGAGACUUGGGUAUAACAGAGGAUUCUCAGGUGGACUGGGACGAAUUAGCAGCUUUGAAACCUGGCAUGAAACUAAAUGGUUUGGAAUUGAAGCUGUGCUAUGAGAGAAUGAAGAAAAAGGUUAAAGGUUAUAAACAAAAAUCAAUUAAUGAAAUCAGUAAAGAGCUAGUGGAUUAUUUUAGCUCAAAUAUCUCGAUGAAGACGGAAGCUUAG